UUCCACUACUACCAUUUCCAAUGCUUUUGUUUUUUCCUUGUUAUGUUAGUGCGAUCUUUCUUUUUUCUAUUCAUGCAUUGCCUUCUAUUCGUCAACCUUCUCAAGCUAUGAUAUAAUUUCAUAUUUAUUGCACAAAGGAAGAGAACACACACUGACACACUUGCAAAAAUGGCUUCUACCUUGUCUUACAACUCUCUCAAUCCCUCAAUGGCAGCUUUCUCAAAAACCCAUUUCUCAACUGAUAUUUCACCUUUUGUGAGGUAUGGAAGCAGAACAACCAAGCAGAGGAAGAAACUGAUGCCAGUAAAAGCAACAGUACUGCUUGAAGCACUGUCUUUUGUUACAAAGUCAACACAUACUGUAGCUGAAAUUGGUGUGGAUCAAACUCAUCAGAAGAAGCAGCUUAGGGUACUUGUAGCUGGUGGAGGAAUUGGUGGCUUGGUUUUUGCUUUGGCUGCAAAGAGGAAAGGGUUUGAGGUAUUGGUGUUUGAGAAGGAUUUGAGUGCUAUAAGAGGGGAGGGGCAAUAUAGAGGUCCAAUUCAGAUACAAAGCAAUGCUUUGGCUGCUUUAGAAGCUAUAGAUUUGAAGGUUGCUGAGGAAGUUAUGAGAGUUGGUUGCAUCACAGGUGAUAGAAUCAAUGGGCUUGUGGAUGGAGUUUCUGGGUCUUGGUACAUUAAAUUUGACACAUUCACUCCUGCAGCAGAACGCGGACUUCCAGUCACUAGAGUUAUUAGUCGAAUGGCUUUACAAGAUAUUCUUGCUCGUGCAGUAGGGGAAGAUGUCAUAAUGAAUGCCAGUAAUGUUGUCGAUUUUGUUGAUCAUGGAACUAAGGUAACAGUGGUGCUGGAGAAUGGUCAGAAAUUUGAUGGCGAUCUCUUGGUUGGAGCAGAUGGAAUUUGGUCCAAGGUGAGGACAAAGUUAUUUGGGGAAACAGAAGCUACAUACUCUGGCUAUACUUGUUAUACUGGUAUUGCAGAUUUUGUGCCACCUGACAUUGAAUCUGUUGGGUACCGAGUAUUCUUAGGACACAAACAAUACUUUGUAUCUUCAGAUGUUGGUGCUGGAAAGAUGCAAUGGUAUGCAUUUCAUCAAGAACCUGCUGGAGGUUAUGAUGCCCCCAACGGGAAAAAGGAAAGGUUGCUGAAGAUAUUUGAGGGUUGGUGUGAUAACGCAAUAGAUUUGAUAGUUGCCACCGAAGAAGUGGCAAUUUUGCGGCGAGAUAUAUAUGAUAGGACACCAACACUAACAUGGGGAAAGGGUCGUGUGACUUUGCUUGGUGAUUCUGUCCAUGCCAUGCAGCCAAAUAUGGGCCAAGGAGGAUGCAUGGCCAUUGAGGAUGGAUAUCAACUUGCUUGGGAGUUGGACAAUGCAUGGCAACAAAGUACAAAAUCAGCCUCUCCAAUUGACAUUGAUUCUUCCCUUAAGAGAUACGAGAGGGAAAGAAGAUUAAGAGUUGCCAUUAUUCAUGGAAUGGCUAGAAUGGCAGCUUUGAUGGCUUCCACCUACAAGGCAUAUCUAGGUGUUGGUCUUGGACCCUUAGAGUUUUUGACCAAGUUUAGAAUACCACAUCCUGGGAGAGUUGGAGGAAUGUUUUUAAUUGACAAGGUUAUGCCUUUGAUGUUGAAUUGGGUUUUAGGUGGCAAUAGCUCCAAACUUGAAGGCAGACCAAUAUGUUGCAGGCUCUCAGACAAAGCAAGUGACCAGUUACACAGAUGGUUUGAAGAUGAUGAUGCACUUGAGCGUACUAUUAAUGGAGAAUGGAAUUUAUUACCAUGUCGAGAUGAAGCCGGCUUUCUGAAACCUAUAUGUUUGAGUCGUGAUGAGGCGAAUCCCUGCAUAAUCGGGAGCAUGCAGCAGCAAGAAGAUUAUCCAGGCAGUUUAAUCACAAUACCUUUACCGCAGGUUUCUCAAUUGCAUGCUCGAAUUAACUACAAGGAUGAUGCAUUUUUCUUGACUGAUAUGAGGAGUCAACAUGGCACAUGGAUCACUGACAAUGAAGGAAGACGAUACAGGGUACCUCCAAAUUAUCCUGCGCGUGUUCGUCCUUCUGAUGUGAUUGAGUUUGGUUCUAAUCAGGUUUCGUAUCGUGUAAAGGUGACAAGAUCCUCUCCAAGAGUGUCUAAAAAGGAAGGGACAGAAAUUUUACAAGUAUAAAGCAUUAUUAUGAUUUUGUUUUUAGUUACAAUCUGUCUAGUUAGUUACAGAAAAUUUGUACAGCUAAAAAAUUGGAUCCAUAGAGUCAUCCAACAUCUGCAUUGUUUUAGUGCAGAGUAUUUAAUAUACAAUGAUGUCAAUCAUUUUAGGAUCUGCACAUAUCACACGAUUUUUUAUAGCGAUUCUUAAUUAGAAUGAAAUAAUAUACUUAUAUUAAUUCAAGAAAAGAUAAUAAAUCCAUGUCUGUUAGCUCUUUGUAA